AUGCCAGUUGGAAGUGACUUUGGAUAUUUUCCAAAGGAUUUACUUGAAAUAAAUCAUAAUUAUACCAAUGAGGAGCUAGAAUUACCAACAGAUGAAACAGAUUUUGUUUGUUUUGAUGAUGGAAGGGAUGAUUUUGAUAAUUAUAAUGUAGAUGAACUUUUGAAGUCAUCAGGAGAGCCUAUAACAAAUGAAGGUGAAACAGAAUCAAGUGAUUCAGGGACAAAACUGGCUGAAAGAAUCAAAAGAGAUGAAGAGAUGGAAGAGGUUGAUCCAACAAACUCCCUCGAUGCUUUGGAGAUGGACAAUCCUGAGCUAAGCACAGAGGAAGAUGAGAAAGUUCCAUCUUUACCAGAGGAAACAGACAGUCCUUUUACAGAAGGAACUGAAACUACUGAGGGAGACCUCAAUGUAAAUAGCCAUGAAGUGAACUCUCAGGGAGAUCACAUUGCACAUAAGCACUUAAAAGGAAUGCUACAUGCAAAACUAAAAGGGCUAGAAAGUGAAAGUACCAAAAACACUAGUAUUCCUCAGGAUGAAACCACUCAACUUGAAAAAGAGAAUGAAGAAGUUGAUGCCUAUACACUUUUAAACAGAGAGCUGUCUGUGAACUUGAAAACAAAAUUUGGCUCCACGGCUGAUGCGGUUGUAUCUGAUGAUGAGGUGACUCGGCUUGUUACAUCAUUGGAAGAUGAUUUUAAUGAAGAUUUGAGCAUUGAGGAGGAAGAAAACUUUGUAGAUCAGUCUGAGGAAAUCCCUUUGCUGUCAUUUACGGCAGAUGACGAAGUUGCAACCCUAGCCGAUUCAGAAGCUGAUAAGCCACAAAGUAAACUUGAUGAAAAUGAGAAGGGUGCUACAGAGCUAAAUAACCAAAAAGAUGAUGAGCAAAAAUAUGGUUCAGAUGCAUUAAUUUUUGAGCGUGCCUUCAGUAAGAGCAGGAGGUCAGGCAACAAUAUAAAUGUGGAUAGGUCUGAAUCUGUAGAGGAAAAGGAAAAACAGGAUGAGGUAAUGCUAAUUAGUAAAAACAAAAUAGCAGCAACAUCCCAACUUGAGGAUCUCUCCAAAGAAAGCCUUAAAAAGGAACCUGUAGUUGUAGGUGAUCCUAGUUCCAAGGGAAAAACAAAUAAAACUGAACAGUCUGAAAAACAGCUCAUGGAUGGUGGGACUGAAUCACAUACGAAUGUGCAGAAGAGUACAUCUGUGCCCGAUUCUCAUGUUUUCCCUAGUCCAGGAGAUGAAUCAUCUUUUAAAGGAAAGCAAGAUGCUUUAAAACCAUCCCUUGGUGACAUCACUGGAAGUCCAGAAGGAGUGCCACUUACUGAUACAACUGAAAAAGAUGAAAACACUGAGGAUGAGAACCUGGAAGAGGACACCUUGGAAAGGGAUUUAAAGCAUAAAAUGUUAUGGGAGAAAAGGGAGAAGGGAAGAGCAGAGGCAAAAUCUUCUGAUGAUGUUCCAGCCAAACCAAUGGAAGAGGUACAAAAUGCAUCUCAAAAUGACUUGAGACACACUAACCUCUCAAAAGACAAAACAGAGCAUGGAACGCCUGCCGUGGAGAAAGAAGUUCUGAGUUAUGAAGGAGAUUUAAAACAAGUAGGGGAGGCUGAUCAAGAAAUUGAAAAAAAUACCCCUUUUAAAGAACCUAAAAUAAAAAGCGUAAACAUGAAAGCAAGCCCUACAGGGGAAGAAGGCCUAAACCUUGAGAGUUGGGAAGCAGUGAAGGGAUCCAGGCCAGGGGAAAAUGAGACUGAGUAUUCAGAGGAAGAUGUGAAAGAAGAGUUUUCAAGAAAUCUUGGCAAGGCGACAAUACUUGAAGAAAGUAUUCAGAGAAGUUCCCCUGAAGAAACACCAGAAGGCACCAUACAGAAUACUGAUACAGAGAAUUUACCUCAGCAAGGCAUUAAUCAUACUGAGGAUGGACGUUCAGACAGUGAUCUUGGCACACAUUUAGCUACAGAAAAGAUUCUAAAACAAGAAUUCUUGUCUGAAGAUUUAAAUGCUGAAGAAGAUCCUGAUCUGAAACAAGCAGAGGAAGAGCUAUUGGAAGAUGAGAAUGCUGCCAGUGCAAAGUUGUCACAAGCAAGACUUGCACAAGGUAAUAAACUAAAUAUUAGAAGUAAAAAACUUGAAUUAGAAACACUAAGUGAAGCUACUUCAGGAAUUGCUAGUCCUAAUUCCAAAAUUGAUGAAACAGGAGAGGAAAUAAAUGCAUUUUCUGAGGGAGCAAAAAACAUGAUCAGCGUGGAAGAUGCAAUUGAGGAUGAUGUACCAGUCAGUGAUGAUUCUGUUCCGGAUGAAAUGGAACAUGUCAAGGAAGAUGAUGAUGAUGAGUCUUCUGAAGCUGAAGAACCAUCAGCUAUGGAAGAACAUAAUUUCAAAUCUUCUGAAACAGAAGACAGUGAUGACUUUAACCAAAGAAAAGAACCUCUCCCAGAGGCUGUUUCACAAAAAGAUUCAAAGGAGAUGGAAAAUUUAGAGCGCACAAGAAACGAUCACCAGCAGUCUGCACAUCUCCCCAGCCCCGCUGAUGUCUCAACCACAAAUGACACUGUCAUAUCAGACUACAGUGAGUCUGUGAAACGACUCACAAUAUUGAGGGAAUUCCUGGAUGAAAAGCGGAUAGCCCGUUUACAAAAGUAUCUCGGGCUCCAGGAGGUGGUUAGAAUAGAAGGCAUGUUUCAGGACAUGAAGAUAGAGUUGGAGCUUGCUUGUAAAGCAAGUCAUAAUAAUGAAGAAAUAGAAAAAGCUUUGGACCAGAUACUUGAAUUUUCAGAAUCUAGUAUUAUGGACGCUGUAGGAAAAGUUCUAGAUUCCAGAGUGGCUGAAAAUAAGGAGGAGGUGGUGAAAGAGAUGGAUUUGUAUGAUGAGGAGAGUGCACUGAUGGAUGAUAUUCAAGAAUUAAUAUAUUCUUUAAGGAGCAAAUACUCAUCUGCUAGUGAGAGUGUCCCACUUGCAGGUGUUUCAGAACCAGAACAGGAAGAGGACCAGCUCCAUCGUGAAGAUGCUGCAAAAGAAGCUGAAGAUGACAGUGUUCCCUUCAGGCACUCAAAUGCCAUUGAUGAGAGCAAUCAGGUAUUUCAGCACCUUGAAGAUGAGGGGACAGAUCUGCCCAUGGAAGAGGAUGAGCAAGGUGCUGCCUUCCCACCCGAGCAGGAAGAGGCCAGUCCCACGGAUAGCGGAGAUGCUCAGGAAGGAAAUGAUGAGGAAAGAUUUCAGCCAGCAGAUACUUCCUUUGGGUCACUUGAUUCCAAACAAAGUACUAAGGAUGAUACUGUUGCAGGAUGUUUGCCAGCAAUCCCAAUGCCGCGUGCUGGAAGCGCUGGGGAGGAACCGGGGUGGGCGCGCCAUUCCCAGCAGCAGGCUGCAGGAGCGGCCGUUUGCACCUGCUGCCGAGCGCUUGCGGGAAGGGGGGCAGCCUCAGCACGGGCAGGACGAGACGAGCGCGGGCUGAUCGUCGCUCUCCCUCUGCCCGCAGGAGACUUGAUUGCUACCCUGCCUGAGGAUAUCCGUCCUGGGCCUGAUUUCCACGGGCUUCCAUGGGAGCCUAUCAUCAUCACCGCCUUAGUGGGAGUUGCCACACUUGCUAUAAUCUUCUGGAGAACCUGCCUUUCAGUAAAGAGUAGAAUGUAUCAAGUGACUGAGAAGCAACUUGCUGAAAAGAUUAAAAACCUUCUACAAGAAAAAACAGAAAUCCUAGAAAAGAUAUCAGAGUAUGAUAAGAAGAUAAAGGAAGCAAAGGAAUCCGUGAAAGUUGCCCAAGAACAAAAAGACGUGUUCUCAGAUGAAGCUGCAGAGCUUAAGGAUACUGUUAAAGGGCUGGAAGAAGCAAAUCGUCUGCUGGAUGACAAAGUAAAAAGCCUGCACACAAUGCUUGAAACAGAGAGAAAACAAAAUGAAAAGAAACAGAACAAGAUCUCUGAAGCCCAGAAGUCCUUGGAAAAACUUCAAGAAGUUAUCAGUGUGCAUUCUGUAGAGCUUUCGGAGGUGCAGAUUGCCCUAAAUGAAGCUAAGCUAAGUGAAGAAAAGGUGAAAUCUGAGCUUCAUCAUGUGCAGGAAGAGAAUGCUAGGUUGAAAAAGAGCAAAGAACAGCUACUGAAAGAAGCUGAAGGUUGGAGUGAGAGACACAGUGAGCUCAGUGAACAAAUUAAAUUGUAUCAGAAGUCUCAGAAAGACAUAGAAGAAGCACUUGCCUACAAGGAAAAUGAAAUUGAAGUUUUAACAAACUGCAUUAUGCAGCUGAAGCAGCUUGACAUCGCUCCUGCCUCGGAGGUGACCAAGGAUGGGGAAGGGCACGAAUGGCCUCGGGGAGACGACCUGGCCAACGGGGAGCUACCAGAUAAUGAGACCGAAAAGAUGAAGACUCAGAUUAAGCAGAUGAUGGAUGUCUCAAGGGUAAAAACUAUGUUGUCCAUAGUAGAAGAAGAUAGAGAUCUUUUGCGGUCCAAACUGAGUGAUGAAGUAACAGCAAGGCAUGAGCUGGAAGAGCAAAUAAAGAAGUUGGAACACGACUCCUGUUCGCUGCAGUCUGCCAAAGCUCGGCUGGAAAACGAAUGCAAAACUUUGCAGCAGAAAGUGGAGAUUCUCAGUGAGCUUUACCAGCAGAAAGAGAUGGCGCUGCAGAAAAAACUGACGCAGGAAGAGUAUGAGCGCCAGGAGAAGGAACAGAAAUUGUCUGCUGCAGAUGAAAAAGCAGUGCUGGCCAUUGAAGAAGUGAAAGUUUACAAGCAAAGGAUUCAAGAUAUGGAAGAAGAAUUGCAGAAAACAGAGAGAUCUUACAAAAAUCAGAUUGCUGCUCAUGAGAAAAAGGCACAUGACAAUUGGCUUAUUGCCCGCGCUGCUGAGAGAGCUUUGGCUGAGGAAAAGAGAGAAGCAGCCAACCUGAGGCAGAAAUUAAUAGAAGUGAACCAAAAAAUUGUCAUGCUUCAAAGACCAUUAAUUGUCAAGCCAACUCCAGGAAGACCUGAUCGUCAAAUCCCUCCACGAAGAGGGCCCUUAAGCCGAGAUGGCUCUUAUGGCCCAUCACCUGUGAGUGGAGGAAAUCCUUCCCCCACGCAGAUGAUUGAAGUUCCUGGUCGUCCCCUUUCUGCUCCUCGAAGGGAAGGAUCAAGAGGUGAAUUUGGUGCAGUGGUAGAUGGCCCCCCUGUUCCACGGAGACCCCCAGAGCUGUCCGGAAGAAUGUCCGUUCCUGACCUGGGGCCUGCGGUAGCAUCCCUGAUCAGUACUGCGCCAAGGACCUCCUCCCCUUCUGCGGGAAUGGAUGGAGCGGCUACUAUGGGUCCGAAAGGUCCCCCGUCUUUCCCUGGGACACCUAUCAUGACUUCCCCUGUGAUGGGACCUCCACCUCCGGCACCAGUUCGAUACGGACCUCCACCGGCUCCUCUCCGCGGACACUUUGGACCCCGGCCUCUUCCUGGGCCCCUAGUUCGUGGUCCUCCCUUGCCACCUCCGGCCGUACGAGACUUCUUGCCCGGUCCCCCCUUUGGAAUGAGAGAUCUCCCUCCGGGCCCUCUGCCGCCGCCGGACCCCAGGGCGUAUGGACGCGGGCCCCCUCCCGUCCCCCCGCACGGCCCCAGGGAGCACCCCCGGGAGCACCCCCUGGGCCCGCGGCUGCCUCCGCCUGGCUCCAGGGACUACCCCCCAGCUCCCCCCAGGGACUCAGCUGCACCCGCGCCCAGGGACUACCCGGCCACCCCUCCUGCUGCGGCCGGCGCCCAGGACUGCACACAGCCUCCAGCACCCAAACCUUGA